AUGGCACAUGAAGUUGUUCCCUGUUCGAAUUGCCCUUAAAAUCUGAUUUAGUUGUUUAUUUAGAUUUAAACUCCGUGUCACCAUGGCACACAGAUAUCUUCUUCUCUCCAGAGGCUGCAGGAACUUUUACAACCUUACACUGCCUAAUUUUAGAUCAACUAGCCCAGCUGUGAGACUGGUAUCUACACAGAGCGAGGCCCUUCAGAAAAGAGCGUUGCUUUCCCAUGUUUUAGGCACUUACAGAAGAUUCUGCUCUAAGCCACCAAAAGGAUUUGAAAAGUACUUCCCAAAGAAUGGCAGCCCAAAGAACGGUGAACCCAAUCCACCCAGCGCAGAGGCCAAAGAGGCCAAGCCGAGCAAUAACCAAAGGGCUGCUGGGAGAUCUGAAGGUGGAGGGGGAGCUGGUGGUGGUGGUGGUGGAGGCAAGAAGGGAGGAAGGAAGGAUGAAUCCACCUGGUACAGCCGCCUCCAAAAGGGUGAGAUCCCAUGGGACGACAAGGACUUCCGUAUGUAUUUCGUCGGUGCGGCUGCAUUUUGGGCAUUAGCUGGGUAUUAUUUCUUUAUCCGGGAAGGAGGAAGAGAAGUGACCUGGAAGGACUUUGUGAAUGGCUACCUGGCUAAAGGAGUCGUGGACAGACUGGAGGUGGUCAAUAAGCGCUAUGUAAAAGUUAUCUUUCCUCCGGGGAAAACACCCGUCGAUGGGCAAUACGUUUGGUUCAACAUCGGCAGUGUGGACACCUUUGAGAGGAACCUGGAGACAGCUCAGCUGGAACUGGAUAUUCAAGCAGAGAACAGGCUGCCGGUGGUUUAUUCCACAGAGAGUGAUGGGUCUUUCCUCCUGAGCAUGCUGCCUACUGUGCUGAUCAUCGGCUUCCUUCUCUUCAUGCUGCGGCGGGGGCCAGCGGGCGCGGGGCGACCCGGGAGGGGCAUGGGCGGCCUGUUUAGCGUCAGCGAAACCACGGCCAAAGUGCUGCGUGAUGAGAUCGACAUCAAGUUUAAGGACGUGGCCGGCUGUGAGGAGGCUAAGCUGGAGAUCAUGGAGUUUGUCAACUUCUUAAAGAACCCAAAACAGUACCAGGACCUGGGGGCCAAAAUUCCUAAGGGGGCUAUUCUGACUGGACCCCCUGGAACGGGCAAGACCCUCUUAGCGAAGGCUACUGCAGGCGAAGCUAACGUCCCCUUCAUCACAGUUAAUGGCUCUGAGUUCCUGGAGAUGUUUGUGGGCGUCGGCCCAGCAAGGGUUCGAGACCUUUUUGUUUUGGCUCGGAAGAAUGCGCCAUGCAUCCUCUUCAUAGAUGAAAUCGACGCUGUGGGCAGGAAAAGGGGCAGGGGUAGUUUCGGAGGGCAGAGUGAGCAGGAGAACACACUCAAUCAGCUGCUCGUCGAGAUGGACGGGUUUAACACUGCCACCAACGUGGUGGUUCUCGCUGGUACGAACAGACCGGACAUACUGGACCCAGCUCUGAUGAGACCAGGACGCUUCGACAGACAGAUCUACAUCGGUCCUCCAGAUAUCAAAGGUAGAGCCUCGAUAUUUAAAGUGCACCUGAGACCCCUGAAGCUGGAUCCAGAACUGGACAAAGAGACUCUAGCCAGGAAAAUGGCUGCACUUACUCCUGGAUUUUCAGGUGCUGAUAUCGCUAACGUGUGUAACGAGGCAGCACUGAUAGCAGCUCGACACCUGUCCGACAACAUCAUCCAGAAACAUUUUGAGCAAGCCAUCGAACGAGUGAUCGGAGGACUGGAGAAGAAGACACAGGUGCUGCAGCCUGAGGAGAAGAAGACUGUAGCGUAUCAUGAAGCAGGACAUGCAGUAGCUGGAUGGUUCCUGGAGCAUGCAGACCCUCUGCUUAAGGUGUCCAUCAUCCCACGUGGUAAAGGUCUGGGUUACGCACAGUACCUCCCCAAAGAGCAGUACCUCUACACUAAAGAGCAGCUGUUGGAUCGGAUGUGCAUGACGCUGGGCGGUCGAGUCGCAGAGGAGAUCUUUUUCAGCCGCAUUACCACGGGAGCUCAGGACGACCUGAGGAAGGUCACACAGAGUGCGUACGCGCAGAUAGUGCAGUUCGGGAUGAACGAGAAGGUGGGUCAGGUCUCGUUCGACCUCCCUCGGCAGGGAGAUCUGGUUCUGGAGAAACCCUACAGUGAGGCCACUGCACGAUUGAUCGACACAGAGGUGCGGAACCUCAUCAACACCGCGUAUCAGCGCACACAGCAGCUGUUGACGGUCAAGAAGGAAGAGGUCGAGAAGGUGGCGCUGAGGCUGCUUGAGAAAGAAGUGCUGGAUAAGAACGACAUGGUGGAGCUGCUCGGCCGGCGGCCGUUUGCCGAGAAGUCGACGUACGAAGAGUUUGUGGAGGGAACAGGGGGGCUGGAUGAGGACACCACGCUCCCGGAGGGGCUGAAGGACUGGAACAAGGAACGAGGCUCGGACAAAGAGGAGAGCACAGAGGAGCAGGUGGCGCGCCAGAUCUCAGGUGGCAUGCCGUUCUGAACUGAAUUUCAGCAGAGGGCGACGUUUAGGUAAAACAGCGAUGCGAACGACGACUAGGCCCCGCGCUGGGUGAAUUCGGCGGACGCGGGUGGGGCGUGUGAGCUUGAUGAUCCGUCAGCAUCGUUAUGUGAAGACUCGGACUGAAAUUUCCUGCCAGGAAUCUGCUAAUGUUUAGUUUCUGUGACUGAACAAUGACAAAUGUUCGUUCGUAUGAUAAGUAUGAACUGUAAACAUCUGUAAAUUAAAAUUAUGUGUGUGAUCUUGAUCAUCUGCAGUAAAUGUUGCUUCUGUGAAGGUUUCAUUCAGCUUUUCUUAGCUCUGUAAAUCAAAUGGAAGCUGUAGGGAUGGUCACUGCCGAGAUUUUUAUGGUUUUGAAAUGCACUGGAAGGGAAAAAUAUAUUGCGGUGCUGUUUAUUAGGUAUGAUUACAUGUGUAAAGCAUUUUCAGUGUAAUGUAAAAAGAGCAUGACACCAUUCUCAUUUACACACUGCUAAUUAAAGCACUUAGUGACUCUUUUUUGAA